AUGAGCUCGCCUCAGAAAAAGACCGACGCUGCAGCAGAGGGGAAGUCCUCCGCCGGGAUAGAUACUCUCUCUAUCCCCGAGUACCGCGAGCGUCUCAAAGCAAAGCGUGACGCUCUUGCUACCAAGGCUGCGGCGGGGACAACUCAACCAGAGAUUGUCCUUGAAGGUUCUUCUGUAGUCAACGACGCCGUUGACUUCGAGGACGACGACGUGGAGAUGGAAGAGGGCGAUGCUUCUUCUAGCAAGCGCAAGGAGUCUAUCGACAGCGAUAGUCUCGACCCGCAUGCCGGGUCGAGACGCCCUCGUGAAGGAGACGACUCGGACGCUUCGAGCUCGAAGCGUUCGCGCGGCGAGAGCGACACUCCGCUCUCUGCUGCUGGGGCUUUAAGCUCCCCGCAGAUCGCAGACCGUGUGGGCAACACGGUGCCACCGAAUGAAAUCCCGCUGUACGUAUGCAGCGCUAUCCACGACGAUGCUGUUGCGGAGGAGCAGCACUUUGAUCCGUUAACGAAUCAAAGGCGCGACUAUUACAUGGGGCUCUUCCACGAGCUCCGGUACUUCUCCAGCAAGAAGACCUCUUCUCGCAGCAAAGUGCCUGAGUGGCAGGCACUUUGUCAGAGUUGGAAUGCUUUUGUUGAGAACUUCAACAAGAAACCAGCAGCUUACCGCGAGCGGGUUAAGCAUGCCCGUGAGCGCUUCGAGACAUUCUCGACGCGCGGGCGGCUGGAGCAGCUCCACAGAUCCUCUGCCAACAGUCUUCCGGGUGCGGCACGCUUGAGCGACCGCGACCUAAACGGGUACACGACGAUUCGUGUACCUGCGAGUCUCAAGGAUCUCCGUGCCAAGUUCUUGGCACGCGAGGAACGCGACGAUCGUGGGACUUCGGGCGCUGCGGGUGACUACAGCGCUCGCACUACCUUCGCGCCGGCAGUGCGUGGUGAGCUUCGUACGCCCUCACCAUUUCCGGAACGUCCUGCAGCAGGACGUCCCGCGGCUCCCAUGUAUCUUGGUGGGGCGGAAACCCUCUCCAACGAAUACGAUAACGAACCGGCUGCCGGUUCGUUUUCGGGAUACUAUGGUUCACAAUACGCUCAACAAUCCAGCGUGUUGAGCCGCGGGCAUCGCGGAUCGGAGGCGGUGGUGGUGGGAACACGCCCCGGGUAUGGUCAACCUGGGGUUGACCUUGGUCCGACGCUCGAGGAGCGGGUCGCUGCUAUGGAACAGCAUCAGAGCCGGGAGUUCGCCGCUCUGAAGCAGGAGGUGGCGAUUCUGAGGGCUCAAGUCGCUCAGGACUCGCAGACCGCAUCGGACAUCUCUGCCGACGUGGGAGGUCGCGUCGCACGCUUGGCCCAGCGCGUUCACGCGCUGGAGCAGAGGUUCGCUCCCGCUGGGGCUUCCGCUUCGGGCCAGCCGAGCUAG